CCCCAUCCUCAUAGACGCAAUGUCACCUUUGACCCAUUCGUGUCCGCACAUGGCAGUAUGAAGUUGUAACAUUUCCACGUUUCCCAUGGACUGAAACAUUUAUGCCGUUACUGAUACAUUCACGGGAGUUUCUGGGACUUAGUUCUUGCUACGAACAGCAUCCAUGGCGAAAGGGAAAGCUGUGAGCUCCAAGGGGCCCAAGGUCAGUGCGAUUAAGCGUAGAAACAUCUCACAAACGAAAGCCAGCAACAAGCGCAAGAAGGCCACAGGAAAAACCAAGAACAAGUUCAGCUCUACCCAAAUUGGUAAGAAUGCCUCUGGUGCCGGUGGUAACCUUGGCAACCUUGGGAGUGACGGAGAAGAUGUUGAGGAAGAGGUUUUGCCAGAUGAUAUGGUCGAUGAUGACCAUAUGGAAUACCUGGAGACCAUGGGGCAAAAUAUCAGCUUUGUCACUGACACCAUAGAUGAAAAGAAGGAAGAAAGGGGUGAUAAAAAGAGGAGAAAAAAUGAUGAGGAUGAAGUUGCAGACUAUGAGGAGUUGCCACGGAAACAAUUCCGCCAGAUGGAAACAGAGGACAGGAAGUAUCUGCAUUUACUUCCUAUCAAAGGAGAAAGGGGGAUUAUUCCACAGGUGAUGGAAAAGACUGAGUCAGAUGAAGAGAACAUUAUUGAACAAGGAGAGGAAAAAGAAGAACUUGUUGAGAAGAAAAGGGAAGUAAAUGUGACAACUUUGCCUGAGACUCUGUCAGAGGUGGAACUUUUCAAACUCAAGAAAGAGACUCUUGCACGACGUAAGAUGCAGAUUGCAAAGCUCUCCAUCCGUGUCAUGGACAGCCCCCAGGAGGCCUUGUCUUCCCUGAAGGCUCUGCGAGUGAUGCUGAAUGAAGAGGACCGUCAGGUGGCCGUCACUGUGAGGAAGUUGGUGAUGUUGUCGCUGUGUGAGGUGUUUAAGGACAUCGCACCUGGGUACCACAUCAGAACCAGGACUGAUAAGGAGAUGCAGCAGAAGAUGAAGAAGGAUGUGAAGCAGCUGGUAGAGUGGGAGGAGGGACUGGUGAGACAGUACCAGCUGUACCUACAGCACAUGGAGGACAUUAUCAAGGCUUGCACCAGCAAGAAAAAGGCUCAAGGAGUGAGUGGGCAGAACAAGCUGCCCAUGAAAGCCCUGCAGAGUCUGAUGGAGGUUGCUGUGAAGUGCAUGUGUGAACUGCUGGUUAGCCUGAUGCACUUCAACUUCAGGACUAACAUCAUGUCUGUCAUUGUGCCUCUGAUGGACCAUUCUAACCCUGACAUCGCAGACAUGUGCUGUGACACUGUGAAGAAGGUGUUUAAGCAGGACAGACAGGGUGAUUCCACCAUGGAGGUGGUGAAACUCAUUACCAGUAUGGUAAAGAGUAAAGCAUUCAGUGUCCAGCCAAGGGUGCUUGAAACCUUCCUGGCACUUAAAAUCAAGGAAAUAAAAUCCAAAGACCCAGAGAAAGAAGUGGAUAAGAAGAUGAAGGAAAAGAAGGAAAUGUUGAAGAAGGGAUCUCGUGCCCAGCGCAAACGAGCCAAGCGGGAAGAGAAAUUGACACGAGAACUACUGGAGGCCGAGGCUACAGAGAACCAGAAGCGGAAGCUUGACCUCAAUACUCAAACUAUAGAGAUGGUGUUUCUGACAUACUUCCGUAUCCUGAAGAAGAAUCGACAGUCUGUCCUGCUGCCGUCAGUACUGGAGGGACUGGCUAAGUUCUCCCACCUCAUUAAUGUGGAGUUUUUCAAUGACCUGAUCACUGUGCUGAGAGAACUGGUGGAGUCAGGGAGCCUCAGUUACAGGGAAACGCUCCACUGUAUGGUGACAGCAUUCCAGAUCCUGGCUAACCAGGGAGGUGUUCUAAACAUCGACCCACUCAGGUUUUACACACACCUGUAUGCCAGCCUGCUGCACCUACAUGCAGGUCAGGACACAGAUGACACCACCAAUGCCCUGGAGUGUAUUGACAUCAUGUUGAACAAGCGCAGGAAGCAGGUGUCCAUGCAGCGUGCCUUCGCUUUCCUGAAGCGACUGUGCUCUCUGUCCCUCCAGCUGCUGCCCAACAGCACUCUGGGUACCUUAGCUGCUUCCCGGGACUUCCUGAAGGUUUUCCCCAAGACAGACAUGCUGCUGCAGAUUGAGGAGACGCAGGGAGGCGGCAUGUAUCUACCUGAGCUACAGGAACCCGAGCACUGUAACGCUCACACAACUGCACUGUGGGAACUUCACCAUCUCAACCGACACUACCACCCUCAUGUACGCAGAUAUGCGGCUCAUCUACUACGGAAGGCCCCUUCGGAGGGAGCUGGAUCCCUUCCACCAUCACUGGACAGGAAAUCUCCCUCUCAGCUGUGGCAAGAGUUUGAUCCGUCUGAGAUGAACUUUAACCCCUCUAUCCCUGGACCAGGGAAGGGUGGCAAGAAUAUGAAGCCAUUUUCCAGGCUGGGAGGCCUUGUGCAGGAGAGCAUGAGGACAUUAGAGCAGGAUGUCUGUGGUGAUGCAAUGUAGAUAAAGUGUGGUGUUGAACAAAAGAGAUGAAAUGUACAAACACAUUCUUAAAAUGUUUGAUGAGGAUUUCCUCCGCAUUUCAACUAACAAGAACUGGGUACCUGAUUUUCAGCAGAGCAAGUUGACCUGCACACCUCAGGUCACAGCUCCAUUGCCCAUAUUUUUAUCCUUCUCACCUAACCUUGUUUGGCGUCACAUCCAAAGUUAUGAUAACAGUGAUUUGAAUUUUAGUUGACAUUGAUAUAAGUCUUUAUUCUUAAUAACCAUGCUCCAAAAUGUGAUUUUUGCACCUUAUGUCUUGGUGAGGCUUAAGACUUAUUGAUCACGCCUCCACAUCAUGUAUCUGUGGAGGAAAUGAACACAGGUUGCAGUACAAUGGGCUCUCGUCCUUUCCAUCUUCAGUAGCAAAAAAGCCAGUAAACAAGAGAGCAUCACAGGCUAGGCCUUGAGUAGAGCAUUGUUGAUAACUGGAAAGGGUGUUUCUUUCGUGUGUAAAAAAAAAAAAUUCUACAUGUAUUUAUAUGCAACAUUAAUCAAUAUGCUUAAAGUAAAAUAAAAAGCAAGGGAGAGUAAUUGACCAUUAAAUGUGCUGAUUUCUUCCCUGCAAUAUCAGCGGAGUAAAAUGGUUAAGCAAUUGUUAGCUAGCCACGAAGACCAAAUCUCAAUUAUGAGUCACAAGAUUUCACUAAAGCUGCCAUGAGAAAGUGAUUUUUGGUUGGUUUAGUAAACUUUCACUGGCAUGAUUUUGUCUAACAUAAGAUGAAGCUGUCCUAACAAGAACUUGGCUUAUUCGAAGUCAGAGAUCAUAUCAGAAAACAAUGUAUUGUUCCAGAUAUACUUGCACUGAUACAUUUUUGGUUCAGGAAAAGUAGAGUAGAGGUAGGCUGAUUAAAUAAUGUUUAUAGGUGCCCAACCAACAUCCGCCAGCCCCCAGUGGGAGGGGCCAUUACAGCAUUGGACAGCAGAUGUUGUGUUACACGGACUAGAGUUACAAUUAAUGUUCUUUAUAUUUUCAGUGUCUACCUGAUUCAUAGUUUAUUUAGAUGGCAGUCUCAUUAGCUUUGAAAUAGUAUUAAUUACAUGACAGAUAUCAUCUAUGUAACAGAAGAAUGGAAGACACUACAGGUGUACACUGAGUACACGUUUCCCAAGUCUUGUAACUUUCUACCAAUACCGUACUUAAAAACAAAAAGUCGUUCAUAAAAA